CCCCGCUGCCCCCGCUCCCUCCCGCGCUGGAGGGGACCCGGCGCGCAGCGGUUGCUCAACGCGAGAAACUCCCGAGCGGCGGCUGGGAGCUAUGAAGCUGCAGGACCCCAAGCCUAGCCCCCGCUGUACCCAGGACCUGGUUCCCCACAAGGGCAGGGCAACUGCCGUGGCCCCCCUACUGCGGCCCCAGCCCGAGGGCGAGUCCCUGUCUUCCGACGAGGCCAGCAGCACCGAUGGCCCCCAGGCCAAGAGCUCAGAGCUGGACCUGCGGAUCUCAGACCUGCAGCACCAGGCACAGGGGAUGAGCCUGGAGGAGGGGUGUCUUCAUCCGGACCAGGAUCAUCUCCGGCACCUCCGGCACGUCCUGGCUGAGACAGAGCAGCGGAGCUGGGCCCAGCACCUGGAGGACCAAGCCCGCCUGCAGGCCGAGCACCAGGGGGUGGAGGAGCUGCGCCAGCGGCUGCAGGAGGCCCAGACGCGCCUGGAGCAGGAACCCGAGAGCCUGCGAGAGCGCGGGGAGAGCCAGGUCCGGGAGGCCUCGGAGCUUCUGGAGGCGGCGCUGAAGCGCUUUGAGGACCUGGAGUUCCAGCAGCUGGAGCGUGAGACCGGGCGCGGGGGGGAGCGGGAGGCAGCCAGUGCGGCCUUGGCCUGCGAGAUCGCCCGGCUCCAGCGCACGAGGACAAUGCAGCAGCAGGAGCAGAAGGAAAAGCCUGAGGGACGCAGGAUGGAGAAGACCCGGCUGCUGCCCCCAGGGGAUUCCCCCAGGAUUGGGACUGGGGACCCCUCCGGCGACACCACCCAGGAGCUCACCAAGCUCAUGUUCACGCAGCGCACAGACCGGCGUCUCAUCGUGCUCGGUGCGGGGCCCCUGUUCGCCGUCCGCAGCUCCGUCCAGGGCUCCAUUGGACUCCAGAGGUCCGGGAGCCUCCCCCGUCGCCGUGGAGACCGGCCAUCCCCCCGUGUCGCCCAGCGCCCCCUUUCUCUCCAUGGCAAUGAAGUGUUGAACCCAGGUGUCCAGGUCUUGCAAAGCGAGGGAGGGGCUGAUGACAGGGGCGGCCCGAGGACUGACUUGGCCCCUUACAGGUGAGAUCUGCCCCUCCCUCUCCCCCGUUC